AUGGGCAGCAGGAGCGCCGAGGCCGACGACGGCGACGACGACGCGCCCGUGGCCAUGGAGGACGUCGCCCGCGCCCGCGGCUUUGAGCUCAUCGCGCGGUCCGUGUACGUGCCUCCGAUGGUGCGCCCGCACGCCGCCGAGACCGACCUCUGCUUUUGCUCGCGGCCCGAGAGCGACGACGACAAGACGUGCUGCGACGAGACGUGCAUCAACGUCGCCACGUACACAGAGUGCCCGCGCGGGCGGUGCCCCUCGGGGAGUGCAUGCCGCAACCAGCGACUGCAACGUCCCGAGUUUUUUCCAGAGCUCGAGGCCUUCAAGACAGAAAAGAAGGGGUAUGGGGUCCGGACGCGCGUCGCGAUCCAGCGCAACGACCCGAUCGGCGAGUACGUGGGCGAAAUCAUCGACCAGAAGGAGCUGCAGCGGCGCUGCGCGGGCCUCGGUCGCCACGAGACCAACUUUUACUACAUCCAAGUCGAGCCCGGCGUCUUCAAUGACGCCCGCCACCGCGGUGGCUUUACGCGCUUUGUCAACCACAGCUGCGACCCGAAUUGCAAGGUCGAAAAGUGGAUCGUCGAUGGCGAAAUGCGCUUCCUCGUCUACGCGCUGCGGCCGAUUGCACCCAUGGAAGAGAUCACGUUCGACUACCAAUGGCAGGUGAUCGGCACCAUGCGCAUCACGUGCUACUGCGGCGCGGCGACGUGUUCGGGCUACAUUGGCGAAGACGUCGCGCUGCCCGAAGCGCACGGCGUCUUCAAGGAGCCGGUUGACGCCGACCAAGGCUUCCAGCUCGUCCAGCGCAAGAUUCGCGUCUUCGAGUCGCAUCGCGACGACGCGCCCUUCCGCGUCCUCCGGGUCGUCGAGUACGCGACGUCCUUUGCGUUGCAUCUGGUUGACAUGGACGACCGAUGUAGGUACGACCCCGAGACAGCCCUGCACCACGUGCAAGUCGACGACGCCAGCGCGACGGAAACCAUCAAUCUAUCAACGCUUAAGUAUCAAGUGUAUCUGGACUUUGAAGGGCUCUCGGACGACGAGAUUCAGACGCACAUCUUUAGCAUCCCCAAGGUCCAGCGACCACCGCCACGACGCCGCACGACGCGCUGGGACGUCAAGACGCCCGUCAACUUUGAAGCGCCGGCCGCGAGUCCGCCGCCCGAGCCACCGUUGGUCGCCAAGGCGUCUCCGCUGACGCACACCAAGCUUCUCGUCAAGAACCUCGACAAGGUCUGCAACGAAGAGUACUUUCGGCGCAUGCUGGGCGGUCGCGCGAGCACCCUUGUUUCGUUUGAUGCGUUUGAAUACGACAGUGCGAGCGGCGCGACGUGGGCGCUCCUCGAGUUCUCGGACGCCAAGGUCUACGAUGCGAUGCGCGCGCGGCUCGACAACCGGCGGCUCGCGAGCUGCGUCGCACGCGUCACCGAUGCGUCCGAGCGCGACGUGCAGCACUACGAGAAGACCAAAUUCUUUGGCCGUCCGUCCCGACCUCUGGUGACGCCGCCCGUGUCACCGCCGCCACAGGACGCGCCUCGUCUGAGCUACGCGUUUGGCCGUAAUUUGCACUGGUUUGUCAAGGACGUGUCCGACUCGCCGUCGCGUCGGCACGGCAUGUCGCCCGCGGUCGAGAGUUCGCUCCGGGACAAGUGCACGUCGAUCAUCCUCAAGGUCGCCAUGAAGUUGCGCUGCGAGCGCGAAGACAACGUGGCGGCCAUCGUGCUCUUUUACCGCUACAUUAGCAUUCAACCCAUGAACGCGUCGACGAUCGAGUGGGUUGCCGCCGCGUGUCUCCACGUCGUCCUCAAGUGCCACGCGCGCGCGAUCGAUUGGCAGAAAUUCACCUCGUCGAUCUACGACGUGCGGUACCCGGGCGCGAGCAUCGACGCAGAGGAUGCGAUGCGCCUCGUGUCGCGCCAGCUCUUGGCGAUGGAGAGCGUCGUCCUCGAAGGCGUCCGGUACGACGUGAGCAGCCAGGACCCGUACUCGCUCCUCGACUUUUACAUGAAGCGGCGCGGCGUCGCGAUCGCGAUCGAGGUCCAGAAGGACGCCAAGUACCUCCUCGCCGACUCGCUGUCCCAUACGCUGUGGAUGCAGUGCUCGAUCGAGACGAUUGUGCUGGGUGUUCUCUAUGUCGUGUCAGCACACGACUCGCUCAAGCGCACGGACGCAGCCGGUGGCGAUGGCCAUCCGUCCCGCCCCGCGAGCCGGUAUCCGGUCGAAGUGCUGCCGGCGGUCGAGCCAAAGUACUUUGGCAUGUGGUCGGCCGCGACGCGGACCUUGGCGAAACUGCUGAGCUACAAGUUGUAUCGAGACAGCGACGCCGAAAUCUAUUGGAAGCGGCUGCUGGCGCGCCUCGAGCUCUGGUCCCGCCACACUGACUUUAGCGCCGACGACAAAAUGCGAAAGUACCCGCCACUGGAUCGGUCGGCGCAUUUGCCGGCCGCAGGCAUGGUCAAAGAGUCGCCGCGCCUUCUCACGACCGACAUGGAGCGCGCCGUCCGCAUCCGCAAGCGGUCGUACCUUGCGACCGUGCGUGGGGACGUCGAGUGCGACCUCGCCAACCGCGACGUGUACCUGCAGCCGUGGCCCUACCGCGACCCGACCAAGCUUGUGCACGAAGAGACGGGGAUUGUUCAAGUCGCGCUGCAGGAAAUCGCCACCGUCAUGAACCUCCACGUGCUCGAACCUACGCUCAUUUUCAACCUUCUCGGCCUCGUCUUCCCCGACCCGAAAGCAGCCAUCAAGAAGCGCCGCCAUGCGCCGAGUUCCGACGCGGAGCUGCUCCGAAGUCUCAGUCCGCCGUCCGCGCCGGACGACACUUCGCUGCCGGUGGGCGCCCACUACUUGGCGUUUGAGCGGCCUCUGCACUUGUACUCGUCGCUGCUGGAAGCCAAGGUCAAGAUCCCGUAUCCGAUCCGAAAGCGCGCGGUCCUCGACCUCUUUCGCAGCGUCGCGCUGUGCCACGACCACAACAUCGUCCACCGGUCCAUCUCGCCCUCCAACUUAUUUGUCUUUAAAGACGGCGUCAAGCUCGGCGGGUUCUACAACGCGCGGCACGUCAACACGAAGGGCGACCUCUCGGGCGGGUAUGCGCUCAUGGACGGCGAGCACUGCGACCACACGCACGGCACGCUCCUGCACGUCACCGCGCCCGAAGUGCUGCUUGGCGCCAAAGUUUACUCGAAGAAGGCGGAUCUCUGGGCCGCGGGCUGCGUCGCGAUCAACAUCCUCCUCGGCGCGCCGCUCAUUUGCGGCAAGGACUGGAAGAAGCAGAUCGAGUACAUCUUUCGCGUGUGCGGGUCGCCGCCCGACGACUACGCGGAUGGCGUCGACGCCGACAAGCUCGCGCAGUGCGCGCCCAAGGACAAGUACGCGGUGCGCAUCCGCAAGGCGAUCCGCGAACGCGCCCCGAACUUUCCGGACGCGUACCUGCCGAUCUUCGAGUCGCUUCUGGACUUGGACCCGAAGCGGCGCAUGGCCGCGCGCAAGGUGCUCAAGUCGGACCUCUUUGACGACGUCGACCACCACGUGGACUUUGACGUGUUUGCCAACACGAUGGGCAGCUUGCAAGACAAGAUGGAAGCGGCGCCGGCCAAGCGCAAGGCCGCAGGUAGCAGCAGCAAGACGCAGACGCCGCCGCGGAAGAAGAAGGCGCGGAGCUAG